AUGGAGGAAGACGCUUUCAGCGAAUCGAGCGAUGUGUCACAGCAACAGCCACAAAAGAAUACCAUGGCUGCAUGCAGAGUACGUUUCUCGGGGCAACAACAUUCAGAAGCGGUCGAAGAAUUCCUCAAUGGCGUGCAAACCUUUAAAACAUUGGAAAAAAUCACCGAUGAAGAUGCCCUAAAGGGUGUGUCCUUACUUUUCACCGAUACCGCAUCUCUGUGGUGGCAAGGUAUACGCAAAGAGGUUACCACUUGGCAGGAUUGCCUUGAGGUUCUCAAAGAACAUUUCGCACCGCGAAAACCACCACAUCAAAUCUACAAGGAUAUAUUUUCCGAUGCACAGGAUAAUAAUACGGGACUGAAUUUAUUUAUUAUACGGAAACGUGCCUUAUUUGCCCAACUGCCCGAAGGUCGUCACGCCGAAAAUGUACAAAUCGAUAUGAUUUAUUGUCUAAUCCAUUAUAAAUAUCGCCAGCAUAUGCGACGCGGAGAUAUAUCAUCAUUUCAGGAUCUAUUGCAAAAAGGACGUGAAAUUGAGGAAAUGCUUGCUGAGGCGGGUUCUGUGGCAUCGGGAGGUUGGGGAGAAAAGUUAAAGCCAAAGCGUUGCAGUUUUUGUAAUUACCGUGGUCACACAGCCGAAGAUUGUCGACGUCGUCAACAGAAACGGGGAGGAGGAUUGCUGGGAGAUCAACAGAAUCUGACAGGUAAAGAUAAAACAUUACGAAGUGAGGAGAUUUAA